AUGACUCGAAUGAAAUAGGACUAAACUAGUUAAUUCCUAGCUCAGAUUUAGAAAAACCUGAGAAAAUAAAGCUUGUGUAAUUAUGCUAUCAAAUUUAUUAAAGUGCAAAUUCAGACUGAGACUACUUAAUUCAACAACAGUAGUAGAGAUAUUUAGCAAUGCGCUUAUAAAGGUACUACAACAUAACCUAAUUCAAGAAUAUGCCCAAUUUCAGAUUUGAUGCUAUCUGAUAAAGAGUUAGUGGAAGGAUAUGAGAAUAUUUCUAAUUUUAAAUUAGAUAAUAUGAAUACGUUUAUUAAAAGAGAAUACCCAAACUAGUCUCCUUUAGUUAGUUUGAAAAUAAGAAAACAAAAUUCAAAAGCUACUCAAGAUAGUUUUAUUAGACCUAAAAAUAUGAAUUUUAAAAUGGAUGUAUUCUAUCCUUUAGAUAAUGAUAAUGAAAAUAAGAGAUCAGCUGAUUCAGAAGAUCUUUAGAAGUAUCUAUAAACAAAUAUUGAUUCAGAUUAUAUCUUAAAUGUGAGAGUUUCUGAAGAUUAUAAAUGUGGUAACUAUGAAAGAAAUCUAAACUAGUUAAUUCCUAGCUAAAAUAUAUAAGAACCAGAGAAAAAAAAGCUUGUGUAAUUAUGCUUGUAAAGUUAUUUAAGUUUAAUUAAGUACCCUAAAUUCAAUUACAGUAGUAGAGAUAUUUAAAAAUGCACUUAUAAAGGUACUACAAUAUAAUCUUAUCAGGGAAUAUGCCCAAUUUCAGAUUUGAUACUAUCUGAUAAAGAGCUAGUGGAAGGCUAUGAAAAGAUUUCUAAUUUUAAAUUAGAUAAUAUGAACAUGUUUAUUAAAAGAGAAGACCCAAAUUAGUCUCCAUUAGUUAAUAUGGAAAUAAGAAACCAAAAUUCAAAAGAUACUCAAAAUUAUUUUUUCAGACCAACGGAUAUGAAUUUUAAAUAGGAUAGAAUAGAGUGCUAAUAGACUUGA